AUGUCUUCAAUUCGCUGGCGUUGCGCAGCAUCGGAACAGUUGCAGGGAAACUUUGAAUCACACAAUGCCCCCUGCUGGACCAGGAAUACCAUCACAUCUUGUGCUGGCAUCAACCGUGGUGCCAUGGGCCGAUAUACCGAAGAGGACGAGUUUGAUGGUGUCCACCGAACAAAGAUGACCAAUGACCGACAACGACCUGCGCUGCAGCGCAGGCCUACAGUCCUUCGCCUCGCCUGUCUACGUUGCGCGAAAUCAGCAGAGAUGUUGUCCACGGACGAAGCAACUACAUAUGACAUGGUUAUGAUCGGCUUCAACCUAUACUACUGCUCUCGCUGUGCCCGGGCUACAGGCUACUGCAGUCCUGUCACUGAUGAGCCAUCCACGCCGACACUCGAGCGACGAGCAAGCGGCUGA